GUUAGUACACUUGUUCAUAAUAUUUGGAACAAAUUUUUGUUUAUUGUUGUUAGAUUGUUAAAAAACUAUUGAAGAAGUUAUUAUUUUCUGUCAUUUUGCAAAAAGAAAACUUGUUUGCAGAAAAAUUACAGUAUUUAAUAUCAACAUAUUUUCAAACUUAUGAUUUAGUGGACGUGACAAAUAAUCAUUGACAAUGGUUAAAAUUGCUCUUCAAAUAAAAGCUACACUCGAAAAUAUUGACGAAUUAAAAACCAGUGGUGUUGACUUUCGUUGGUAUUUGAAAUUUUCCUGCAAUAAUUGCGGUGAGGUUUCGGAAAAAUGGAAUUAUGCUUCUUUAGACGAAUCAACACCUGCACAACGCGGAAAUGGUGUCAAUCACUUUGUCAGCAAGUGUAAACUUUGUUCUCGAGAGAAUUCAAUGACAAUUAUUGAGGAUUCUUUAAAGUCAUAUAGUUCAGAUGAUCAGGGGAAAUUUAAGACAAUUGUUUGUUUGGAUUGUCGGGGAAUAGAGCCGUGUGAUUUUUCAGCGAGAGAAGGAUGGAUUGCAAAAGCAUGCGAUAAUGGAAAUGUAUUUGCAGACAUUGAUCUCGCUGAAGGUGAGUGGGUAGAAUAUUGUGAUAAAAUUAAUAGUUCAGUGGGAAUUUAUGAAAUUGAAAGUCGUUUCGAAAGAAUUAAAUAAAAAUUCCUUGAUAUUUUUUUAUUAUAACUGUCGUAAUAUUUCGAGAUAUUGAUGAGAAUUUAAAAAUCGAAUUAAGAUUUUUAAAAAAGAAUUUAUAUUUAGCAUAAAUGCUUAUGGUUUCUUCGUUUGUAAUAAAUCCUGAGCACUUGUAAUAUAAUUUAUUUAUUCACAGUUAUCAGAUACAUAAAAAAUUAUUGAUAUAUAAAUGAUAUUGCUUGCAACAAUAGUACCAUUUUAAUACACCUUUUAAACGGUGUUAGUCAUUAUUGACUAGAACGAUAAAUUCUCGUCGUACAUGUAUACAUUUAAGAAAAUAUGACAGGAAAUUGAUGACAGGUCAGUCAUUUUUAUUGUUGUCAUUUUCUUUACAAUCAAGAAAAUUUGACAUUUUUCUAUGCCCUGUUAUCAGUUUUUUUGUAAUAAGAAAAAUAAUAAAUAAUUCGUUAUCAAUAUUUCCCAGAAA